AUAAUAACAAGGGCCACUCCUCCCGCGCAACGUGCGCGUGAGUGCUUCAACCUCGUUUUCAAUUGCUUCGCAGCCUGUUCUCUGGUUGUCCCCGUGGCCCGCCCCGCCGUCCCGCCAUUGCUUAUACCGUCGUCACCGGCCCCGAGGCUGAACAAAGGCGUUUCAAUGCUUGCUAAGAGGGACUCUGGCAUCAACCACACGACUCAACUCUCUCACCAGCACCGGUCCGUGCCGCCCACACGUUGAAAACCGAAAACAAGACCAAGAGAGGAAGCAGGACAAGGGCCGAAACCGUUCAUUCACUACUUCGACCCCGGUUCUUCAGACCAGAUUUACACCGUUACAGAGGCUACCAACCCCACGAACCGAUGCACACCUCGUAGUGCAGCUGCCCUGCCCGACAACAACACCCCCAGUACAGAACAAUGGCAACCAGCUCCGAGGCGGCCUCGACACCCGGGGACGGGAUGGUAGACAACCCGACGCCGGGUGAGAUCGAGUGCACCGCAAACACAGCAAGAAAGGCCUCCUCAACGGCCGGCGGCCAACCCAAGAACCGGAAGGGCUCAACGGCCGACCCCAACGACAAGACCGGCAAGGUCGCCAAACGGCGGGCACCGCGGGCAUGUGCAUCCUGCCGGGCUCGCAAGGUGCGAUGCGACGUGGUCGAGAAUUUCCCCUGCGGGAACUGCAAAUGGGACAAUGUCGAGUGCAUUAUCCAGGCGAGCCGGCGACGGAGGAGAAAGGACCUCCCCACGGCAGCGAGCUCGGUAGGGGGUUCGGUGGGCGCCAUGCCUGGGGCCGAGGCCCUGCACCUCCACACAGGGGGCGCAAACGGUGCUGGCCCGAUCAACAUCGCCAGUGCAGAUCUCAGGAGGCCGAGUAAUGUCUCUGCAGCCUCUAUGCCUGGCCUCGAGAGCGUCGGGGGCAUGUUUGGGAGUGUUGAUGCUCAGGUCCCACUCAUGUUCCAAAGACCCGGUCUGGGCAACCCCAGCCAGGUCCCUUGGAACCCGGUGCAGCUCUUCUCCAACAGCUCGUUUGAAGAACCCAAUGCAGACCUGGGACUGCUGCCGCCCUGGGUCAAACCACUGCCCGACAGGAUUGGCCAGGAUGAGAUCGCCUACCUCCAGCGCAAGGGCGCCCUGACCAUACCCGAGCCUGCCCUGCAGAAUGCCCUCCUGCAGGCCUACGUCGAAUAUGUCCACCCUUACAUGCCCCUCCUGGAGCUGUUCGACUUCUUGAAUGUGAUACACGCUGGUCACGGUCGGGAUGGCCAGAUCAGCCUGCUCCUCUACCAGGCUGUCCUGUUUGCGGGCUCGGCUUUCGUCAAGAGGAGCGUCCUGACCAAGGCUGGGUACCCGAUCCGAAAGGCUGCUCGGAAGAUGUUCUUCCAAAGGGCCAGGCUGCUCUACGACUUCGACUACGACUCCGACAGGCUGGUCCUCGUCCAGGCGCUUCUGCUGAUGACAUACUGGUACGAGACUCCCGAUGACCAGAAGGACACUUGGCAUUGGAUGGGCGUUGCUAUCUCGCUUGCCCACACCAUCGGCCUUCACCGGAACCCGGACAACAACAACACCAUGCCUCCUCGCAAGCAGCGGCUUUGGAAGAGGAUGUGGUGGUCGUGUUUUAUGCGCGACCGCCUCAUCGCACUCGGCAUGCGCCGGCCCACUCGCAUAAAGGACGAGGACUUCGAUGUGCCUAUGCUACAGGAGGCUGACUUCGAGAUCGAUGUCCUGCCCGACGACAACAACCUCCUGCCGCCAGAGUGUACCGUUAUUCGCAACAUCGAGAUGCAGAGAGAACUCGCCGAGAUGUGCGUUCAGAAAGCUAAGCUCUGUGUGCUCAUCAGUCAAAUGCUUAAGGCACAGUACUCGGUUCUCAUCCGGGAUCGGCUCCAACCCGAGCGCACCAGCACCACCAUGAUGCUCUUCCCGAACAAGUCUCUUGACAACCUGGAGGCCGUUGAACAUGUCGACAGAGAGAUCGCUGCCUGGGCCACCGCGCUCCCGCCAUCCUGCCAGUACAGGCCGCUCACGCAGUAUGACAUCCAAGACGGGCGGUCCACCAUCGCAGUACAGCGCAAUCUGUUGCAUAUGGUAUACCAGACGACAACCUCGGCGCUUCACCGCCCACUUUUCCUGCCCACGUCGCCACUGCAACCACCGCAGGCGUCCAGAGCCGUGCAGGAAGCGUCGCGCGACAAGGUCAAGAACGCGGCCACCCAGAUCACGCGCAUGGCAGCUGAGAUGUACUUUUACCGCCUCGCCAAAUACCUCCCGACCACAGGAGUCACGGUCGUGCUGCCCGCUAUGAUAAUACACCUGGUCGAAUACAAGCAUCCCGACUUUGAGCGACGCAAGGAGGCUCAGAGAGGCUUCCACCAGUGCAUGCAAGUCAUGGUAAAGCUGCGCGAUAUUUACGCGGCGGCGGACUUUGCGGCCGGCUUCCUGGAGUCGGCGCUCAAGAAGGCAGCCAUACACGACCCGGACCGCAUGAGGGGGGCGUCAGAAGUCGCCAGCACCGCCCCGGCGGCGAACACGCUGUCUGAUAUGAGAAUUGCCACGCCCGCCUCGCCUUUCGCGCGUCCGGCCACGCCUCCGCCGGACCAGGUAGUACCGCCUGUCGUUACGGCUGCGGAGAUGGAGGCUUCCAAGUACGCCUAUCUUGCGGCGGCGGCGGCAGCAUCGAACACGCUGCCGACCAUCGACGGGCUGACGCACCAGUUGCCGCCGCAGUCGGUCGCCAUGGGCGACUCGCCGCCGCACUCGGAGCGUGACAUCGGGCUGACGCCUUCCGCAAGCGGGUCCUCGGAGCACGCACUUGCGGACGUGGAGAUGACCGAUAUCAACGGGAUGGACUGGACGAACCUUGGCGACACCGGGGCCGGCAUGAGCAACCUCAAUCUGGAUUUUGACCAGUGGCUGCAUUUCCCUGGCGAGGGCAUGAACAACGCGGACAACUUCAAUAUGGGGCUGUUUGAUGCCAAUACGGCGUAUGAGAGUCUCGGGGAUACAUACCCGCAGACCUGAAGGGGGCCGGCCUAUCGGUUCGUUGGCGACAAUGACACCCAGCCAAAUCGGCCAACUGCCGCCCCGGACCGCCCACGCAGCAAGUCCUCACGAGACUGCACUUUCAGCUCGUCGCUUGUGAUGAUGACUUGCUGUGUGCGCGGCCCACGGCAUUCACCGUUUCGCGAGAGCGGGAUGCGAUAUAGGUCAGACAGACCAGGCCAGUCUUUAGGACAGACCGCGCGCGAAGCCGGGUCAAUUCUUGACGUGGAAAGACACACGCUCCUGAACCAAUGCCAGUCUCUUCAACAGAGAUGGGUGAUAUGCUCCACAACGCCGUUGAGACUAAUGUCCUCGGGCUGGAAGGCGCGCAUGAUAGUAUGAGAGAAGUUAUACGUUGUCAAUAUGAGACCAUUGGUCUCAGGAGUAUCAUCAUCAGCAUGGCUGCUAUACGGCAGGGGCCACAUUAUACUGCGGGACUAUUAUAGACGAGGGCACCACAGGGAUACAGCCUGGGGGAGGGGACAAACACCCAGCAAAGACAGCUUGUGCGCGAGCGCAGCCAGCAGACAUUGGAAGGGUUUAUGAUUGACUUGGGUCAGCGGAGAAACAAAACAGAGAUACCUUUGACCAUA